CCCUGUUAGGAGAAAACAGCACCAGCCCGGGGUACCUGGAGCGUAUCACUUCCUCCUUCUGGCUUCGUUCUUGGAACGACUAAGGACAGGCACAUGCCUGGGGGUCACAGUCUAAGGUCCAAAAUGCAAUUCACUCACACACACUAGGGUCUGUUUGUUUCACAUCUAUUUUUUUUUUUUUCUUGCUAAUAAUCUUAGGCUACUUGAAUUGAUUCCCAUGGCUUUAGUUUAAAGUAGAUGAUUUUUAAAGAUUGCCAACAAAUGGCACGUUCGUUGGGGGCGCUUAUGAGGCGCUUAUCUCUGCAUGUGCAACCUUUGCAAACUCCCAACCUCCUAAAUGUUGCAGUUUGUAAAGGUCCAGUCAGGUAAUGGAACUAAAGCGACAGCAGGAACAAUUAUCCACAAAAGGUUUUUUUUUGUUUCCCCCCCCCCCCCUUUUUUUUAAAAACUUUGUAAACAGUCCCCUGGGCUGUGCAGGUCAGGAAAGGGGGUGGGGUGAGAGAGAGCAGCUGAUAAAAGUGAUUUGACCCAUGAUGUGCUCACCAGAAGUUGCCUAACAAUGGAGUUCUCCUUUCUGCUGGCUUUGUGCGCCCUGAUGGGCCUCUGCUCCGGACAGCAUGGGGAGUAUUGUCAUGGUUGGACUGAUUCCUAUGGGAUCUGGCGCCCCGGCUUCAAAUGCCCUGAAAGAUAUGAUCCUCCUGAGGCCACUUUUUGCUGUGGCUCCUGCGGGCUCAAGUAUUGCUGCUCAACUGUGGAGACCAGGCUGGACCAGGGAUUGUGCCCCACUGAGGAGGAUCUGGAUUUGCUGAGAGAUGGGUUGCCCUCCAUUGAUCUGCCACCCACAGUCCCCACAUACUUUCCAUUCCUACUGGUUGGCAGUAUUUUCGUUAGCUUUGUUAUCCUUGGAUCGUUAGUGGGCUUGUGCUGCUGCAAAUGCCUAAAGCCUGAGGAUGAUACGCAAGCAAGCGGACCGGUCCCUAUCCAGAGUCGACUCCUGGACACAGAGCCGUCUACAGACACCUCAAGACACUCCAGUUCCAGCUCUGCCUCCGUGCCACGGCCCCCCAUAGGUGCCCGUCCGCAAAACCUCUGUUCUCUGGGAGCAGAAAAUCUCAACCUGUAUAUGAACAUGCCUGCAGCAUUUCCUAUGAUGGGAUGUCCCCAGAAUACACAGUUUGUGCACCCUGGAACAGCAGGGCCACCCUUCAUGCAGCCUCCUUUUAUAAAUUAUGCAGUACCAGCAGAACACGCCAUUCUAAUGGCCCCUGCGCCUUAUAUUGAUGCCAGGAACUGUUAUGGGCAAACAUCAAACAUCUACUGUCCAGUAACCCAGCAAAGUGAUCAGAACAUGUGUACUGGAUCCCCUUCUAAAUUUUAAGGGGCACUUUGGGAACUAUUUUUUUUAAUUAAACACUGGAGAUCAUCAAAGUUCUUGCAAAACUGACAGCUGGACAGUUAUAUUUUAUUUAUUUUUUUUAACACAAACUUUUUAUAUAAAGACUGAUAACCUUUCCAGUACCUGUGUGCUUUCCUUGAAUCGGCUUCAUUAGUAUGGCUGAUAUUCUGAACACUUUGUGCCAGCAGACUAGUAAUGUUGUUGCCUUGACACUUAUUCCUGGGUGCUGCCAUGAUGCAGGCAACGUGUGUUUUGUAAUGAUCCUAUUUAGGCCCCCCAUGUUGUGUCGUAUCUGCUUUUGAGACUGGCUGCAGUACUGGAUAACCACAUGGAAUCUGCUGCUUUAGAAAAGGGUAUUUUAUGUUACAGCUUCAGCUGAAAUGAUGCAUCUGGCUUGUUUCCCUUGUCUGAAAGAAGCAGUUUCUCUUUGCACUCUUUCCUUCCUGAUGCACACAACAACAGUGACUUUUUAUUGGGUCGCUGCUUUCUGUUCAGCACAAGGGAAAACUUCUGAGAAAUUAUCCAGAUAAAAUAAUCAAUGCACUGUACUCGUGUUUUUCAUGUCGCAAGUGCCUUGCUUUGGCGCUGCAGUGGAUUUAUGCUGAUAAUGUAAAUUUUAUUUUCCUUUCACUAGGCACAGCCAGGGCUAAAUCUAACGGGUUUAUAUAUAUAUUUUUUUUAUAUAAAUAUUUUUUUUUUUUUCCCCCACAAAUCAAUUUGGUAUGUGUAUUCGGAGGGCCCCUUUUGUGUGGUUUCCAAUUUAGAAAACUGCAGUGAAUGUUAACCCUAAGUUGUAGGUAUGGGUUAGUAUUCAAAGUUUCAAAGUCAAUUUUUGUAAAUUGUCAGUCUAUACAACUGCUUUUAAUACUGUUUUUAACCCUAUCUACACUAGUCAGUCAGCCAAGCUGAACUUGGGCCAAAGCUUUUAGUGUGACUGAUCCAUAACACACAUAGUUGUGUCGCUGCAGUGGAAAGGACUAUUUGGGAAACCCCGGUCACAUAGAGCUUUAAAAUCCGGCUCUGAAGACUUGCAAGAAUGCACCAGGCCUCCAUGCAGAAAAAACUUUGAAAAGGGCCUUGUGCGCACAUUUACCUAGCCGCCGCCACCACCCCAUCCCCACCCAUUCUUAAAUGCACACCAAAGAUAUGUCCACCCUCUACAAGUAUUGAGCAGCGGGCACACAACUUCAACUAAGACAGCAGCUAAAGAUUUUUAUUUUUUUAAUGGGCAUGAUCAUUUUAAUGUAACCUUUUUAUAUAGUGUAUAUUUGUGUAUACAGCAGUUACUUCUGAAAUAGGAGCAUCCUGUUCUACUUUAAACCAUGUUAAAUGCACUUUAUUUUGUUCUUCGAGAAAAAUUAAACAGGAUAAAUGGUU